AUGGAAUGUAAGCCACAGACUUUCAGUGGAGCUGAAGGUCCCAUAGGAUUGCUUCGUUGGUUCGAGAAAGCCGAAUCCGUUUUUGCUAUGUGUUAUUGUCCAAAGGGGGACAGGGUGAAGUUUGCUUCUGGCACCUUGGAGGAUGGUUCUCUGACUUGGUGGAAAGCUCAAGUACAGAUGUUGGGCGUCGAGAUGGCAAACGCGACCACUUGGGAUGAUUUCAAAGGGCUGAUUCGGGAAGAGUACUGCCCUCGGGAUGAAAUUCAAAAGUUGGAAAACGAGUACUACGACCUGAAGAUGGAAGGAUAUGAGAUCAAGGCUUCUACGAGACGGUCUCACGAGCUGGCAAACAUGUGUCCUAACCUAUCUCGACCACCACCUCGCAGGAUCGAACUCUACAUUAAGGGAUUGGCACCACAAGUCAAGGGAUUAGUCACUGCAGCAAAUCUCAAUGACCUACCCUGGAUUAUCAUAUUGGCUCACAAAAUUACUGAUCAGGAGGUGGAGCGUGGCUCGCUGCCACCCCGUAUUGCUGCUACUACCCCUGCUGCUACAGCUACCACACCUGCUAGUGAUAACAAGCGUAAAUGGAACGAUGCUGACAAAGCAACCGGUGCAAGUCAAUCUUAA